AUGAGGAAACGAUUGAUCCAAAUAUUUGGAUUUCUGGUUUCAUCUCUGGGAUGGCUGUUUGUGCUGUGCACCAUGGCCAUGGAUUUUUGGAGGAUCACACAAAGAGGAGGACAAGGAGGCUCCUUCAUCAUUAAAGUGGCCUGGUACUGGUCCAACCUGUGGAAAGACUGUUUCACUGAUUCCACAGCUGUGACAAACUGUAGAGACUUCCCUGUUCUCUGGAGCGUCACCGCUUAUGUACAAGGAGUGCGAGGAUUGCUAAUGUGCGGGUUAACUCUUGGAUUCUUUGGUGUGGUCCUUUGCUUCAUUGGGAUGGACUGUACUUACAUUGGUGGAGCUGAUCAAACCAAGGACAAGCUGCUUUUUGCAGGAGCAGUGUUUCAUGUUGCUGGAGGUGUGUCAGAUAUUUCUGCCUACUGCUUAUACAUCAACAGGAUCGCCAGAACAACCUUUGCUGCCAAUGUAGGGCCAGGAAUCUUACGGUAUGACCUAGGAACUCCAAUAUUUCUAGGAUUGGUGGGUUGUUUUCUUAUCAUUUUAGGUGCAGUGUUUUAUGCUGUGACAGUCUUCAGAGUAAUCUGCCCUAAAAGUCAAGUGGUAUAUGCCUACGGAGGGGGCACAUACAUGGACCCUCGCUCCAGAGGAAGAACCCUCUAUAGUGGAUACUACAAACCCUCAGGGCAGUAUGCAGCUUACAUGGGCUCAGGAAGAAGCAGCAGCUCCAAGAUCUCGAGGCUCUCUCAGACAACACCAACACGGGUCUCAGAGAGAGAUGCAUUUGUGUAG